UUCACACCUCAAAGGUAGUAAACUGUCCUCUGCCAAGUGAGACCGACGGAGACAGUGUUAAGCCUUUAUGUACUAUAUACUACAAUACAAAAGCUGUGUUUUCGUGCUCACGGUGACUCGUUCCCAAGCUGACGUCAGCGCCCCCACGGCGCGUUCUCUCAGUCUCAUCACUCAGCUUGGCUUUUUGCCGCGGGCUUUUGCCUUCAUCUGUAUAGCUACAGGAGGCCGGAUUCAGUUGGCGGGUAAGUUUUAGAGAGGCGUAAAAACAAGACGUUUGGAUAUCAGUGAACGGUACAACGCAUAGCUGCUAGUUGUUUCACUUAAGUGGAACGCGUGAAAGUCAAGUCGACACGCGGGACAUUCCGUUAUACUAACGGUGGACGUAUUACUGUGUACAGCGAUCGUAGUAACGGGAAAGUACCGCUAGAGGACGACGGUUGGAAGAUACGAAAGUAUACGUGCUCUAUAUUGGAUUAAGAGACAUAAAACCAAAGAUCAAUUCGCAGGUAUUCCCGCGUCGGAAAACGAGAGGGUACCACUCAGACAAGAAACAGGAGUGGCGGGCAUGGGGCCACGCUCGGGCGCUCCAGACGGCGUUUACGACUCCAAAAACGAAAUGAACCAGACAAAUGGGCACUCAGUGCUGGACGGGAAACCGCACGUGUCUGAAUUCGAACUGGAAACUACGGAUGGAGAUCACAGAUGUGGGUUUGGAGCAUGCAGACCUGGAUGGGUACAAAUUUGCAACAACGCCAAAUUUCUUCUUGUUUUGCUGAGUGCAUUUUCCUUCAUUCAAAGUUUUGUCGUGAAUGGCAUUAACAAUGUAAACACUUCGACGUACGAGAGAAGGUUCGGCUUGCCCAGUUCUCAAGUAGGCAUCAUUUCUAGCGCCUACGACAUCUCUGCCGGGAUUCUUGUCCUGCCCAUCAGCUAUUAUGCCCUUCGUGGCCAUAAGACCAAAAUGUUGGCCAUUGGCGUGGCGGUAAUGGCCCUGGGUUCCUUCUUAAUGUCCAUUCCACAUUUUACAACAGACAUUUACCACUGGGGACAGAACACAACUGGUCUGUGCGAUACUGCUAACAAAACUACGUGCGCCAUAAGGGACAGCUCUUUAUCAAAUUACCUGUACUUGCUAAUUGCGGGUCAGCUAUUACAUGGCGUGGGUGGAACUACUUUAUACAGCGUUGGCACUUCCUGUCUGGACGACAAUGUGGUCGCAAAACGAUCUCCAAUUUACGUUGGUAUAAUGUACGCCUUCGCGGCGCUGGGACCAGCUCUAGGGUACAUUUUAGGCGGACAGUUGCUGAAUAUCUAUGUAGAUUUCGACGCUGUGGAUACCAAAAAGGUGCCAUUGGUACCGGAAGAUCCCAGAUGGGUUGGAGCCUGGUGGAUUGGAUUUGUAAUCUCGACAAUUCUCGCGUUAAUCAUGUUCGUCCCGCUGUUGGCAAUGCCUCGAGAACUUCCGGGAGCCAAAGUCGUCAGAGAAUCUCGUGUAUCCGAAGCUCACGAGGACGGGAGUGAGGAGAAAACUCGCCGACCAGGCUUCGGUACCUCCCUUAAAGACGCUCCCUUGGUUUUCUGGAUCAUCAUUAAGAACCCCACCUUCUUGCUGACGACUCUGGCCGCCUCCACGGAGGGAAUCGUUGUGAGCGGGUUUGCUACAUUUGUGCCCAAGUUCAUACAGAAUCAGUACGGGCAAACGGCCAGCUUCGCAGCUGUGCUCACAGGUUGCCUGGCGGUUCCGGGAGCAGCUGGUGGGCAGGUCAUAGGUGGCUGGAUCUGUGGGCGGUUUAAACUCAAAGUUCGUGGAAUGCUGAGACUUUCGGUAGUUAUGUGUGGUAUCUGCAUGCUUUUGUCUGCAGCCUUCUGGGCCAAAUGUGAGCAGCCGAGAAUUGCCGGUCUGAGCUCCAAGUCAAGCGAGCCGAUGCUGGUUGACCAGUGCAAUGGGGCGUGCGGAUGUACUCAGACCAACUACGAUCCAGUAUGCGGAUCUAAUGGCGUUCAGUACUUCUCGCCCUGUCACGCGGGGUGUCUGCAAGAGGAAUGGACCAAUGAUGGGACCAAGUUGUACAGCUCGUGUGAUUGUAUCAACGGUACAUUCCCUAACGUCACACACAGCGCCGUGCCCGGUAAUUGUGGAGAGACAUGCUCCGCCAUGUACGUCUUCUUGCCGUUCUUCUUCCUCAUGAUCCUGGUGACUUUCAUCGCUGCCACGCCCACCACCAUCGUCACCUUGAGAUGCGUUCCCGAAAAUCAGAAAACGUUUGCCCUUGGAGUACAGUGGGUGUUCGUUCGGUUCUUAGGCACAGUUCCAGGGCCGAUAUUGUUCGGGGCAGUCAUUGAUGGCGUUUGUUUGAUUUGGAAGGAAACAUGCGGAGAAAAAGAGUCUUGUUGGAUUUACAACAACAGCGACAUGGGUCGGAAUCUCUUCAUCUUGGCACUGGGAGUCAAAAUCGCGUCUUCUCUCUUUUUCCUAUUGGCCAGUUUCGUGUACAGAGCGCCAUCUGGCGACAAGAUGAUUAAGACAUCUACAGAGGAAACGUUAGCUGUAGAGAUCAUUCAAAAUGGCGUCGAUUCCAACGGUUCAUUGGUGAAAGAGGAACCAAUCAGAGACUCAGACGAGUCCAUCAACGGCGUGGUGAAUCGAUUGUGAUAUUCAUAUCAAUGGGAUUUAUCUUGCGGUUGGAUGAAAAUUGCUCAAUUUCUAUAACCAAAAAAAAACUUUUACUUUCAUUCCAUUUAAGACAUUGUACAAAAUGGUCAUUUGUCAUGGAAUUCUACACAGCAAGCAUCAUAAAAUUCAAGAAUUAUGAGAAAUUCGUUUUUAUGAGUACUUUAUAUGAGCUGCACAUUUCGUAUUUACGAUCAAUGGUUUUGAUCGAGAUUGUUGUGGAGUUUCACAGCUGUAAUAUUUCCACCUGUAUGUUGAUGCCGGACUGGAAGAAUAGCUACGUGAACAAGUACUCUACCCCCGUGUAUCAAUGCAGACAGAGAGAAUGUGACGCAAAUAGCGUACAGCACUCAUAACUUUCUCUAAGCUCGUGCUUUAUGACAGUACAUAUGGGGCUUUUCCACACUUGUCUUUAAGAGAGCCAAUCGGUAGCGUCUUACAACUGCCUUUCUUUAAAUGAGGGAUUCAGCGAGAUUAAACAAAUUUAUGUCCCCAGCAAACGUAUUCCACACUUUAAAAACAUCCAAAGAUGACUUACUGAGUUCGUUAGGCGAUGCACAAGUACAAGUGUACGUUGAUUCAUGGAAUGUUACCGUUUUUAUUUUUCUUUAGGAAGGGUAAAGUGGGCCUAUAUUGUUUGCGUAUGCGAGUCACCGACUAAAAACCAUGUUUGAAUACUACACAUCUGAUAUACCGUGAGUGACUACAUAUACCAUGUUUGAAUACCACGAAUUGAAUAAACAUUGCGUGACUAUACCAUGUUCGUAUACCACAAACUGGAUAUACAGUGAGUCACCAUACCAUGUUUGUAUACCACGAACUGGAUAUACAGUGAAAGGUUAUAUAUAAAUAACACGAAUUGGACAUACAGUGAGUGACUGUCAUGUGAAAAUAUAUGUACUACGAAGUGGAUGUACAGUUCUGUAAUGUGUGU